UACACAACUUUCCAUUUUACGUGAGGGGUGUUUGGUCGCUCGCCUGUACGUACAUAUGGUGAUGUGAAAAUAAUAACGCAAAGGAACGAGGAGAAAUAAUAAGUGCACCUACAAAUAGUAUAUAGUAGUACGGAUUGCAUUAGAAGAGAGCUGUUGGGAGUCAAAACAAAGACCCAGAGAAAUUAGAAUAAAAAUGAAUAUGAUAAUCCAGCUCCAGGUAUAGGAACCUGUAUUAUUAGCUCGAAAGUGGGAUUAGAAAAAGAGUGCGUAUAUCUUCGUCUCCGUAGGUCGGUGCGUUGAUCAGAUGAAAUCAAGGGCAGCCAAUAUCACAUCGAAACUCGGUCACCACAAAUCGCCUCAGCUUCAGCAACUUCUAAUCAAUUAUCAAUUUCACGACGGUGCAGGUCGAACUUCUGACGUAGGCAAGAAUACCCCAACACAGAGUUGUUAGGCAGUACAGUUACUUUCCGAUCCGAACAAGACCCCGAACCAGUCAAGAGAGGCGACAAAAAGUCCAAAAGUGACAAAACCGGACUGAUCGGUUCCGAUUGUGUCGUCGUCUGCGUGGCGACAGUAUCUAUCAGGUAUCCCGAAACUGAACCCUCGAUCAGUCGGAGGGGAAGUGGUGCGUGGCAGCCCUCAUCAUCAAUCUAGUCGAAAUGUCCUCUGCGACGGGUGCCCUGGGAAGCGGACACAACCUGACGGCGGACCGGGAGUUCCGAUACAUUGUGCAGUGGUUCACCGAGUGGAGUGACUUCCAGCGCGAAGACUUUGUACCGGUGCUGGCGACGUAUCUGGCGCAGGGAAAUCCCGGCGGCCCGGUGUACGUGAAUGGGAUCAUAGGCGCGAUGGCCAACGUCAGCGGGCAGGACAAACCGAUGAGUCUGUUCCAGUGUAGGGUAAAACUAUUCAACGAAUGGGUAACCAAAUGGCCUGAAACCAAUCGGGAAAAACUGCUGGAAAGACUGACCGAAAUAGACCCGGACUUUGGCAAGCGAGUGCAGCAGGAACUGUCCGGAGAACGCAAUCACGUGGAGCGUGAACCUGGCUUGGAAUACUACGAAAAUGGAGUCGAUUCAUUGAACGGAGGAUUACAGAGUCCGUGCUCAACUGCGCCAGAAUCCACUAUGGAACAACCACCGAUUGCCCUAGUGAUUGGCGAAGACUAAAUCAAAUUUUGAAAUGUGAAAUUUGUUUGCAUUCCUUUCGGCUUCCGUUCAGACAAAGGAAGUAUGCGCACUGAGAGAAUCCAUAUCUUGUUUCUUUUUGUUUGUAAGAAAGACGUAGUAAUUUGGUAUUUAUUUUGCCACAGCAUUCCGCGUAGCUCAUAUUUAAUUAAUUUAUUGCAACUGAUUAGCAUUAGCACCGGCGGAAUCUCGGCCGUUUCCCACCACAGAGUUUUCCCUUAUUUUGCAACCCAUGAAAUAGCUAUAUUUAUAUCUCACUAAACCUACGUAUGAUUAAAGUAACAAGGGGAAGACGACAAAUCAAAAUCGAAGCUCAGAACUAUUUAUGAUCGCCAAUGGUAGUAGGUAGCUGUUAAGAAGAGAGUUAAGUAUAAAAAGCAAUUUUGAAUUUGCCAUACUACAAAAAAGUUCUCAAUUAUUAGGACGUAUGAUAAUAUAUAUUUAGCCAGCCAACGUAUGUAAUAGGAAUAACCCCGUGAUCCUCCAAGGAAGUGAAACGCGUAACAAUAUAAAAAAAAUAUAUUACUUGAGGUUUAUUGUUCUGAAAGCUAAGAUGUUUAAAACGGUGAACAAAACCAAGUGCAGUAGCUGCGCAUAAAUCACAUUCCUAUAAACUACUACACACAUGUCAAACACAACUGUUGAGUGAAACACAAGUUGAGAAAAACGACGAUUAAAAUUAAAAAUGCAUCGUAAAAAUAA